GUCGCACCGGACCAGAUCCGGCCAGUUGAAUCAAUCUAGGAGACGGAGACGGAGAGGGUUUGCUGCAUCUCCGCCGAGAGAAGAAGUUCGAUCGCCGGAAACUCACGCGCCACCGCAGCAGUGUGGCGGAUCCGCCCAGAGGAAGAAGAUGGGCUCGAGCAAAACCAACUCGCAGCGGGUGUAUCUGCCCCACUCUGCCUGGGACGAGGAGGAAGACCUCCUGGACUACUUCAACUCCAUCCUGCAAGACAUGGAGGAUCUGGGCCACCGGAUGCUGUCUACCACUUAUGUUCUUGGCAAAUCCGACGCUACCGUCUCGCCGUACAAGACCGAGGAGCUCGUCAGGGCGGCAUCUAUGUUGACGCACAUGUCCGAGGAUUUCUACAAAGGUAUCAAGGAGGCGGAGGCGCCUGAGGGGAUCAAGGAUAAUAAGAAUGAAGAGGAGGAGGAGGCGAAGAUGGUGCGCUCUAACGGGUUCCUGAGUGUCUACCACGAUUACUUGGAAUGCUCCGAUGAGUAUGUCAAGGAGAAGGAGGAGGAGGAGAAAAAGAGGAAGGAGGAGGAGGAGCGUGAGAAGAAGGAGAAGGAGGAGCGUGAGAAGAAGGAAAAGGAGGAGGAGCACAAGAGGAAGGAGGAGAAGGAGAAGGCGUUGGAGGAAAAGAAGAAGAAGGAUGAGGAGGAUAGGAAGAGGAGGAAGGAGGAGUGGAUAAAGAAGACGGCUCAGGACAAGCACAAGUACAAAGAGGACGAGAAGAAGAGGAACAUGGAGAAGAGGAAGGAGAGGAAGGAGAGGAAGGAGAAGGAGGACGAGGAGAGGAGGAACCAGGCGGAGGAGAGGAGGAACCAGGCGGAGGAGAGGAGGAACCAGGCGGAGGAGUGGAAAAGGGCUUUUGAUUAUGAGGAGGAGAUGGAAUCCACAAUGGAGUAUCUCAAAAAUCAGAUGGUUAUAGAGCAGGAUUUUUUGCAUGGCUGUCGUCGCAUGUGGGAACUUGAUCGGGGCACUGAGAUUGGGCGGUGCGGUGCCUUCGAAGAUAAAACCUUAUUGAGCCCUAUGUUCUUUACACACUACACACCCUGUACCAUCCCAUCAUCUGCUGCGGUCACUGGGAGCACCUUGCAAAUCUACUCCUUCAGAAUUCUUGAACUAAAAGGCAACUUGAACUGGCCACUCUAUGUCUACGGCCUGAUCGCUGCUCGAGACACCGUGGACCGCAAUCGCAACAUUCUCUUCAACCGGUCGAUGUUUAAAUGUCAACUACUCACCCAAAAUGAUCCUUUUUUACGCUUGAGCGGCCCCUCUCGUGCAAUUGUAGCUCUAGACCCCGUUGACUUUGAAGUUGAACUAAAACUACAUGACGGGGUGGGAUGGGAGUCCCAAGAUAGACCAUUGAUGAAUGUUAGCAACCAUUAUGAUGUUACUGAUCGUACCAUUCUCUUCCACAGCUGCUGGUGUACAGCAGAGUUAAGCCUUCAGCGACUUGCUACAACGGUCCAGGCCACUAUUGUUGGUGUUCGCGUGGUUGAAGGGGGGUGGCCUUUUAAAUAUGGAGGUCGAGUUGCUUGCUCCCAGUCUGCUGCAGAGGUUAUUGAACCCACAUCUAUGGAAGUUGUGUUGCUGGAUUGUCAUGGUCAAGGAAUGCCUGUUGGACCAAAUGGUUACCUUCAGUUGUCAAGGAAUGUUGUUUCAGUAGAAUUACAAGGAGAAUUGAAAGUUGUCAUACAAGCUUACUUGGAAUCUGGUCGUAUUGAUGACCAUGAGGGUCAUGUAUACUUCCCUCCCAAACAUUGUCAAACAAGUACACUUGAAUGCUUCAUUGGCGACUUCAAGAUGGAGAUAACCGUUGCUUGGUCCCGCCUGGUCCGAGACAGAAUGGAUGUGCUGAUAGAGGGGCACAUCGGCAAGGAGUAGAGGCUAUAUGUUUUCAAGGAGUGGUGUCAUGUUUUUCCAAUUAUAUCUAUUUUAUUGUUGUUUUUUCACUAAAAUGUUAAGUAUUUAUAUAUUGACUAGCUAGGUCAGAUGUCCAACUGUGUGCGUAUCGGUUGUACCUUAUUCUAUCCAACUGUUGAUGUAAUGGCUAUAACUUAUAUGCUCUGUUGUGUGAAGU